GGCGUUUAUAGUCAGUCUAAUAUUCUUUGUCAGUCAAUACGCAGCUUUGAAUGGAUAUACGAGGCUUGCGCUUUCUCACACUGCUCAUAACGGAUAACUAGAACUAACUAACUACCAUGCAAAGCCAUGGAAAGUUCUUCUAAUUCAUCUUUUGAUAUAUUUGAAAAUGGAACCUCUAUUGUUAAUGAAAGUGAAUUUAAUGAAGAGGAAUAUUUAAGUGCUUCACUUGGGGAGCGAUAUAUUAGUACACCCGUUGUUGUGUUUUUAACUCUUAUUUAUGUUAUAAUAUUUAUAACUGGUGUUGUUGGAAAUGUGUUUACCUGUAUCGUGAUAGCUAGAAACAAAUGUAUGCAUACAACUACAAAUUAUUACCUUUUCAGUUUAGCUAUAUCUGAUGUCUUAACUUUAUUAUUAGCUCUACCUCCUGAUGUAUCCAGUAUCUGGGAAGCCUAUCCUUGGAGAUUCGGCACAUUUUUCUGCAUCAUCAAGUCUUUCAUAUCAGAAAUGACGUCCUAUGCUUCAGUGCUAACUAUAACUGCCUUUACUGCCGAACGUUACGUGGCUAUAUGUCGACCCUUAUUGUCUCAAUCACUAUCAAGUUUAUCCAGAGCUGUAAAAAUUAUUAUAGGAAUAUGGAUAGUGGCGUGUGUCUGUGCGUUGCCUUACCCUGUUCAUACUCGCGUAUUUUAUGAAAUUCAAAAUCCUUACACAAACGAAUCAAUCGAGGAAUCUUUGCUUUGUAAUAUACCUACUGAAUGGAGAAUACCAAUGAGAUAUAUGUUUCAAUUCUCAACUUUUGCAUUUUUUAUCAUUCCUAUGAUCGUAAUAACUAUUGUGUAUAUUUUAAUCGGUGCUGAAUUAUGGAAUAGUAAAUUAGGGAUAGACAAUACUAAAAAUAAACAAGCAGCAGCCCAAGCGGCUAAAGCACGAAAGGCCGUAUUGAAAAUGUUAGUUGCUGUUGUUAUCGCCUUUUUUGUAUGCUGGGCUCCAUUCCAUGUGCAAAGAUUGAUGACCAUUUAUGUACCCGCAGGAAAAUGGACAGUUCAACUGCUUGAAAUACAAACUUAUAUUUUCUAUGUAUCAGGCGUUUUAUAUUUUGUGAGCUCGACUGUAAAUCCUAUCCUGUAUAAUGUAUUGUCGAAGAGAUACCGCCGAGCCUUUAAAAUGACCCUCUGUCGCUGUUGUCAUAGAAAUAAAUACACUAAUGAUUUAAGUCUCUGUCGAUCUUCGCCUUCCGUUGGAACAGGGACAUCAGUGGCAAUUUAUACCAAUCAAAAACUGUUUGUGAAACAUAAACCCAUUAAGAAUGGAUUGUUCAGGAAUUCGAAAUUGUGACUGUAAAAGUGGUAUAUUAAAUCUAUAUUAUCUUG